AUGUGCACCAACAUAGUCUAUGAGUGGCUGAAGACCCUGCAGCUUUCCCAGUAUGCGGAGUCCUUCGUAGAUAAUGGCUAUGAUGACCUGGAGGUUUGCAAGCAAAUAGGGGACCCGGACCUGGAUGCCAUUGGGGUGUUGGUGCCCCACCACAGGCGCCGAAUUCUUGAAGCAGUGAUGAGGUUGAAAGAGGAGGACGAGACCGCUGCUGGUCUCUAUUUCACCUUGGAGCCUCAGCAGCAGCAGGGCUCGCCCUCUCCCUCCCCAGAGAUCUACACUAGCCACCUGGUGGAGCAGUAUGAGGCUAAGGCUUGGAGGGAGCCUAGCCCUCGCCAUCGUCAGGGGAACCAGGGGACCCCCAGGAGCCAGAAACUUGGGCCCCGCAGCAGGGAGCUGAUGAUUUACCCAAAACUGAAACUUAAAAUCAUGAUUAGGGAUAAACUCAUCCGGGAUGGGAUCAACCUGAGCAAGCCCCCUUACUCCAACAAGGACGGGUCACUGGGUAACAUCGAUGACCUGGCACAGCAGUAUGCAGAUUACUAUAACACCUGUUUUACUGAUGUUUGUGAGAGGAUGGAGGAGCUGCGCAAACGGAGGGUUUCUCAAGACCUUGAUAUGGAGAAACCCGAUGCCAGCCCCACAUCGCUACAGCUGCGGUCCCAGAUUGAAGAAUCACUUGGCCUCAGUAGUACUGUGUCAACACCAGAGACUGAAAGAAAGCUUUCCCUUCAUAAAUCAAGUUCUGAAGAAAACUCUGUAGGGAAAGCAGACUGGAAAAAGAAGAAUAAGUAUUUUUGGCAGAAUUUCCGAAAGAAUCAGAAAGGAAUAAUGAGACAGAGUUCGAAAGGAGAGGAUGUUGGUUAUGUGGCAAGUGAGAUCACAAUGAGCGAUGAGGAACGGAUCCAGCUGAUGAUGAUGGUGAAAGAGAAGAUGAUCACUAUUGAGGAAGCACUUGCUAGGCUGAAGGAAUAUGAGGCCCAGCACAGGCAGUCAGGCAUCACAGACUCUACAGAUUGGCCUGACGGCUCGUACCCAACAUUUGACGGGUCUUCCAAUUGUAAUUCAAGAGAACAAUCGGAUGAUGAAACAGAGGAGUCGGUGAAGUUUAAGAGGUUGCACAAGCUGGUUAACUCUACUCGCAGAGUCAGAAAGAAACUAAUUAGGGUGGAAGAAAUGAAAAAACCCAGCACAGAAGGUGUGGACGAGCACUCACUUGACAGCUCUCCUGUACUGGAUGACAGAUCGGCACUUUACUCUGGAGUUCACAAGAAGCAAUUCUACUUAGAUGGCUCUUCUGAAAAGCAGCCUGAGGAUGACUCGGACUCAUUCACCACUUCUCCUUCAUCCAGCAGCCUAGAUACUUGGGGUGCUAAUAGGAAGCUGGUUAAGACCGUCAGCAAAACUGAUAGCCGUGGCCUUAUUAAGCCCCCCAAGAAGCUGGGGACAUUUUUUUCUUACCCAGAAGAGGAGAAGACCCAGAAGGUUUGCCGCUCUUUGACAGAGGGGGAGAUGAAGAAGGGCCUUGGCUCCCUGAGCCAUGGGGUAAGUACUGAAAGUAUUUGCUUUUAUGACAGAAACAGGCACAAGCACCAUCUCCUGGUGUCCCUGGAGGAGGUUCAGAGUGUCAGGAAGCAGAUCCGAUUGAAGAAAAUGGAUACUAACUAUUCCUGUUCCAGAGCUUUUCUCUGCCAGCGUCCUGCCAGGAAAGGAGCAUCCCCUGCAACUUGUGACCUACAAUUGCUCCGGCACAAAGCCAAAGGGGGAGGAGGUUGUGGUUUCCCAAACAGAAGGCUUCGAGGGCGCACCUCUGUCAGUGAGUUCAAUAUCACCUACGUGGUGGAGAGAAGCCUGUACAGUCACCUCAACCUAUCACAGCUGGUGCGUCCCGUCACUGACAGGACCCUGAGCAAGGCAGACAAGCAGGACCUGCGGAGAUGCCUGCUGGAUGAGGAUGAGGAGGCCAAACGGAAGUGGGCCGCCACAGUGGACCGUUGUACUAAAAGGGUUCUCUUGAGAAUCCACCAAAAGUCUAGAACCUGUAGCUUUGGAGGAUUUGACUUGACAAAUCGUUCAUUGCACGUUGGAAACAACAACAACUCUGACCAAACGGGCAAAGAAGGAGACUUCAUUUAUAAAGAAGUGAUCAAGUCGCCCUCUGCCUCCCGUAUAUCUCUUGGCAAAAAGGUGAAGUCUGUAAAAGAAACCAUGAAGAAAAGGAUGUCUAAAAAAUAUAGCAGCUCUCUGUCAGAGCAGGACUCCAGCCCUGAUGUAAUGCCAGGUUCUCCGCAGUCACCACAGCCAGAGACUGAUUCUCUGGAUAAGCCCAAACUGAAAGCUGGUGGUUCAGUAGAAAGCCUGAGGAGCUCCUUAAGUGGUCAGAGCUCAAUGAGUGGUCAGACAGUGAGCACGACAGAUUCCUCAGCCAGCAACCGGGAGAGUGUCAAGUCUGAAGAUGGUGAUGAUGAAGAGCCUCCCUAUAGGGGACCUUUUUGUGGACGAGCCAGGGUUCACACUGAUUUUACACCCAGCCCUUAUGAUACUGACUCCCUGAAACUUAAGAAAGGUGAUAUCAUUGAUAUAAUCAGCAAACCUCCCAUGGGCACUUGGAUGGGCCUGUUGAACAAUAAAGUGGGCACUUUCAAAUUUAUCUAUGUGGACGUGUUAAAUGAGGAGGAAGAGAAGCCAAAGCGGCCCACAAGGAGACGACGGAAAGGAAGACCACCUCAGCCCAAGUCUGUCGAGGAUCUCCUUGAUCGUAUCAAUUUAAAGGAGCACAUGCCCACUUUUCUAUUCAAUGGUUAUGAAGAUCUGGACACUUUCAAACUGCUGGAGGAGGAAGAUUUGGAUGAGCUGAAUAUCCGAGACCCUGAGCACAGAGCUGUUCUCCUCACAGCUGUGGAGCUUUUACAGGAAUAUGAUAGUAACAGCGACCAGUCGGGGUCUCAGGAGAAACUUCUCAUAGAAGGCCAGGGACUGAGCAGAUGCUCCCCCCGGGAUUCUGGCUGCUAUGAAAGCAGUGAAAACCUGGAGAAUGGCAAGACUCGGAGGACCUGUCUGUUGCCCACAAAGUCAGCCAGUGAGCACUGCUUUAACAGAAACCAACUGCCAAGUUAUCCAACUCUGCCUUUGACUAAAUCGAUAGAAGCUCUCCAGCAAGGAAAGAAGGAAAUCCGGUUGAGUUGCUUUCAUCAUGCUCCCAAGAGCUGCAUCAAGCCUUCAAGCAUCACAGGUUUGAAGAAGAACCGCAGAAGUUUACCAGCAGCUGUCUGCCGGAGCUGUGAGACUCUGGAUGGCACCCAGAAUGUGGCCAAGUGGCCAAGAUCUCAUUCACUGGAUGACCUCCAAGGAGAAUCCAGCACUGACCUACCGAACACUAGUAAGAAAGUAGAUUCUUUCCCUCAGGAUGCACUGGAUGUAGCAAAAAAGACAACUGGGUCCGUCCUGAAGCCUAAGGCUCCUGGGGGUGGCAUGAGGGCAGAAGAGAAUCUACCUAAGCAAAGUAAAGGAACUGCUGAUUCUCAGAAGGGAAAAGCUAGGAAAUUGGACUGCUCAGUAACAGAGACUUCAUGUGGGACUCCUACUCAGUACCUGCUUAAACGCUGGGAGGCUCAGCCUACUUCAGUUACACACAACGUAACAAGGACACCUCUGGAAAAUCAUCAUAAAAGCAGUCAUGACCUUGAAAGGGCUGAUAACUCUCCAGUCCUCAAGGAAGGUCUGAAAGCUGAGGUAAAGGGCGUGAGCGAGGCAAGAAUUCAGUCAAAAAAUCCUUCACAGCCACCACCAGUCCCUGCCAAAAAAAGCCGAGAACGCCUUUCUAAUGGACUAUAUCAUCCCCCUCUGACCCUAAGUGGAGCCCUUUCAAGUCCAGAUGCACCAUGUUUGCCAGUAAAAAGGGCCAGUCCAUCCAGCCCCAUUGAUUGCCGUGUAGUACCUGCCUGUAGGCCCUCUUCUGAGCAGCCCAGUACCCCACCAAGCACACUGCCCCCUUGGCUAGCUGAGCUUUCUGAGACUGCUAGCAUUCAGCAACAUGUGGUAAAGCUAGGCCCUGCUUUAGCCAGGAAAGUCUCUUGUACUAGAGGACUGGAUCUGGAAAUGUUGAUAGAAAACAAGUUGCAGUCUGAAGAGAUUGAUCUCACAGAGGAACCAUAUUCAGACAAGCAUGGUCGCUGUGGGAUUCCUGAAGCUUUGGUGCAGAGAUACUCUGAAGACCUAGAGCAGCCUGAAAAGGAUGUUGCUACAAACAUGGACCAAAUCCGGGUGAAGCAGUUGAGGAAGCAGCACCGCAUGGCAAUUCCAAGCGGAGGGCUCACUGAAAUCUGCCGAAAACCUGUAUCCCCUGGACAUAUCACAUCUAUAACUGACUGGCUGGUUUCUAUUGGCCUGCCUAUGUAUUCUAGCUCACUCACAGAAGCAGGAUUCAACACGCUAAGCAAAGUGCCUUCUCUGUCACAAACUUGCCUUCAAGAAGCUGGCAUCACAGAGGAGAGGCACAUAAGCAAGCUCCUGGCAGCAGCAAGACUCUUCAAACCCCUCAAUCCAGAGGCAAUUUAA